AUACACCUUGUGCGUGUACGCGAUUCACCAGCAACGUAAACAAACAAGGAGCCGGCUGGCGAUUGCUACUUUUUGCACGUUCACCAACAAACUGUUUGAUUGUAAACCACUUGUUUAACAAUGUCGGCUGCAAAGUUAGUUCAAUACAUUGUAGUUAAUGGAGAAAUUGCCAAAACCUGGCCCAAAGGUGCGCUUAUCGCACAGUGUUGCCAUGCCGUGGCUGCUGUCGGCCAUUUGUAUGCGGCCGAUCCGGACACCGUGGAAUAUUUUAAAGACCUAGAUAAUAUGCAUAAAGUGGUGCUCGAGGCACCUGACGCGGCCAAACUGGUUGGCCUGGGAGAAACGUUGCAACAGCACGACGUUAAGCAUAAGGUGUGGAUAGAGCAGCCCGAAAAUUUACCAACCUGCAUCGCACUGAAGCCGUACCCCAAGGAGGAGGUGCAGAAGUACAUGAAGAAAUUCAAACUGCUUAGCUAAGGGACGGCUAGGGGAGCGGGUUUGUUACAAUUAUGUGUGAUAUAGACGUUAAAACUUCCCCAUUAACUAUUUCUGACACCGAACGUUGACGAGUCCUUGGCAGUGCUCCGCACACUGCUCUCCUUGAACCACGCAUGAAAGCAAACGCGGAGCCACAUGAUCGAACAAGAGGAUCAAAAUCGGA